AAAGGACAACUUGGCGAGCGAACCGCUGGGCGCCUUGGCCCCGGGGAGGCGCGAGGAGCCGCGGCGAAGGCGGAGGAACAGGCGGCCGGGGGUGGGUCGCUUCCUCCGCCUCCUCCUCGGAGUUUGGCGCUCCGUAUCCGGGAAGGAGCGAGCCCGGAACUGGCAGCCCCUGAGGAGACGCCACAGCCGCCGCCGCCCUCGAAGUUCGCCUUCUCCCUCAGGCGGCGCCAUGCGGCGGCUCCGGCUGGCCCGGAGGGGCCCGUGUCCGGGCAGGGGCUGCGCGGUGGCGCUGGCGCUGCUGGCCGCCGUGGCCUUCUUCGCCGUGGCGCUGUCGCUGGCCAGCCUGCAGGCGCCCCCGGCCGGGGAGAGGCGCUCUCCUCGCGGGGAAAGGCGCUUCUCCGACGGGGCGGAGCGGCCCCAAGACCUGGCCCGCCCCGUCUACGAGAAGGCGCCGCCGGAGCCUUCGGCCCCCGGGGAGUGGGGCAAGCCUGCCCACCUGCAGCUGAGCGCCCAGGAGAAGAAGGAGGAGGAGGAGCUGGUGGAGCAGUACGCCAUCAACGUCUUCCUCAGCCAGAAGAUCUCCCUGCACCGCCACAUCCAGGACGGGCGCAUGGCCGAGUGCAAGGCCAAGGCCUACCGCUACCGCCAGCUGCCCACCACCUCGGUGGUCAUCGCCUUCUACAACGAGGCCUGGUCCACGCUGCUGCGCACCGUCCACAGCGUGCUGGAGACCUCUCCGGCCGUCCUGCUGAAGGAGAUCAUCUUGGUGGACGACCUGAGCGACAAGGCCUACCUCAAGGGUCAGCUGGAGAAGUACGUCAGCGGCCUGGAGAGGGUGCGCCUGAUCCGCACCAACAAGCGCGAAGGGCUGGUCCGGGCGCGCCUGAUCGGGGCCACCUUCGCCACCGGCGACGUCCUCACCUUCCUCGACUGCCACUGCGAGUGCGUCCCCGGCUGGCUGGAGCCGCUGCUGGAGAGGAUCGCUGAAAACAUGAGCACCGUCGUCUGCCCCGUCAUCGACACCAUCGACUGGAAUACCUUUGAGUUCUACAUGCAGUCGGCCGAGCCCAUGAUCGGGGGCUUCGACUGGCGCCUGACGUUCCAGUGGCACUCCGUCCCUGACUACGAGCGCCAGAGGCGCAAGUCCAAAAUCGAUCCCAUCAGGUCGCCCACCAUGGCCGGGGGCCUGUUUGCCGUGAGCAAAAAGUACUUCGAAUACCUGGGCACCUACGACAUGGGGAUGGACGUCUGGGGAGGAGAGAACCUGGAGCUGUCCUUUCGGGUGUGGCAAUGCGGGGGCAUCUUGGAGAUCCAUCCCUGUUCGCACGUGGGGCAUGUGUUUCCCAAGCGCGCUCCCUACGCCAGGCCCAACUUCCUCCAGAACACGGCACGGGCAGCGGAAGUGUGGAUGGAUGGGUAUAAAGAGCACUUCUACAACAGGAAUCCCCCGGCACGGAAGGAGAACUAUGGAGACAUCUCAGAAAGGAAGCUCUUGAGGCAGCGCCUGAAAUGCCAGAACUUCGACUGGUACCUGAAGAACAUAUUUCCGAACUUGCACGUGCCAGAGGACCGCCCCGGUUGGCACGGAGCCAUCCGCAGCGUGGGCAUCUCUUCCGAGUGCCUAGACUACAAUUCUCCGGAGCACAACCCGACUGGCGCCCACGUCAACCUCUUCGGGUGCCAUGGGCAAGGAGGGAACCAGUUCUUUGAGUACACGUCGAAUAAGGAAAUCCGGUUCAAUUCCGUGACAGAGCUCUGCGCCGAAGUUCCCGACCAGAAGGAUUUUGUGGGCAUGAGGAACUGCCCGAAAGACGGCUCCGCUAUCCCAGAAAACAUUGUGUGGCAUUUUAGAGAAGACGGGACCAUUUAUCACCCUCAUUCGGCAAAAUGCCUUAGCGCUUACCGCACUGCCGAGGGCCGGGCGGACGUGCAGAUGAGGACAUGCAACGCAGAAGAUAAAAACCAGUUGUGGAAGUUCGAAAAAUAGAAAUUGGUCUGGGAGUCUCUGUCCAAGACUACUUCCAGCUGACUUAGCGUGUCUUCCCACUAAGUCUGGCUUAGCGUGUCUUCCCAUUAACUGUUCGUGCCAGAUUUAGGUAGCUUCUAAAAGGAUUUUUAACAGGUUUGGGAAUGGCAGUGAAUGACUGUGAAGAAGCAGGGUGUUGGGGACAUGCCAUCUGAAGUGCCUUUUAUUCUAAACUCCCAUUGGCGGGGGCUGAUGGGAGUCAUUGUCCAAUAUCUGGACAGGUGGAUCCUAAGGUGUUCACUUAAAAGGGAACAACUAUAAUUUGUGUGUGUGUGUGAUUGUAAUACUUGGGGAACAAGGUGGCCUUGGUUAGAACUGCAGAUUACUGAACGUUUAUGUUACGUGUUACUGUACGGGGGGGAAACUGAAAUCAAUACAAACGCAGCCACAGUACAGAUAAUAACAUUAAUACGAGUUACACCAGGGAAAGGGAAGCUUUGGUUCUCCAGGUGGUGGAUCGAUCAAGGCUCCCAUCAACUCUUUCCAUGUUGACAGGGGUUGUUGGGAGUUUUGGUCCAGCGACUACAGGACGGCCACAUGUUCCCCCGUGUCUGAGUUAACUAUAUGCAUAAUUUGUGGCUAAUGGGGUGGUUUGGCCAAGAAGUGGGAGAAACAUCACCCUUAGGGUGCUGCCUGAGUGUUGCACAUAGGAGUCUCGUUGAGUGUGUUGGGAGAAAAUAUUGCUUAGCUUUUAGGGCAGCUUACCAGCUCCCGUCAGUGCGCUGGCUGGGGUUGAUGGGAGUUGUAGACAACCUGGAAGGCGCCAGGUUAGCAGUGGCCCUGUGCACUGUGCCAAAAUCCCCCCCCCGACCUCUUGUGCUCCAUUCUAAAUAAUAGUUGUGGGGGGCCCCAAGGCACUGUGCCCUAAAUUCACCUCCGAGGUUAGAGAAGGCUGCAGAGUAGUAACAGGCCUGAGUUCAUGUCUCUGGUUCUUAAUGCACCUCAGAUAUAUAUAUAUAUAUAUAUAGGUUUUGCUUUUCAUUAUUGAGAGCAGAGCGAGGAAUAAAUGCAAUCUGCAUUGUGCAAGUGGUGAAAGCAAUCAUUUGUUAACUUAGGGAGGAGGUAAUCAAGUUGUAGCUGAGGUUAACAGUACAGUGGUACCUCAGGUUACAUACGCUUCAGGUUACACACUCAGCUAAGCCAGAAAUAGUGCUUCAGGUUAAGAACUUUGCUUCAGGAUGAGAACAGAAAUCGUGCUCCGGCGGCGCAGCAGCAGCUGGAGGCCCCAUUAGCUAAAGUGGUGCUUCAGGUUAAGAACAGUUUCAGGUUAAGAAUGGACCUCUGGAGCGAAUUAAGUACCGGUACUUAACCCGAGGUACCACUGUAUUAGUGGCAAAUAAGAGUCAUUGUUAAUGACGACGCUGAAAAAUGUCAAAAGGAUGGGAAACCAGACUUGUUUCUUGUAUCGGAAACACAUGCGUCAAUGUCUAGAGCAGGCGUGGGGAUAUUUGGCCCUCUGGAUGUGGCUGGACUACAACUCCCAUCAGCCUUCGCAAGCACAGCCAAUGGCCAGGGAUGAUGGGUAUUGUAGUUCACUGACACCUGGAGGUCCAAUGGUUCCUCGCACCUGAUUUAAAGGCUCUUUAUCAAUGUUUCCCAAACUUGAGUCUACAGUUGUUGUUAAACUAUAACUCCCAUCAUCCCUAGCUAGGAGGACCAGUAGCCACAGGUGAUGGGAAUUGUAGUCCAGAAACAGCCGGAGACCCAUGUUUGGGAAAUACUGCUCUAUAUCAACAUUUGCAAUUCCUGAUAGUAGCUAUUUAUGAUCUCUGCCUUAUCACUGUUAACAUAAUCAGUUACAUGUAGUGCUUUAAAAUCCACUGAUGGGUCAGAGAAUGAGAGAAACUGCUUUUUGGAUGGUUCUUAACGCACUUCAGAUGGAAUUCAGAUUUCCCCGAGGGCUGUAUCUUUAGGUAAAGGUAUAAGGUGUUGUCACACUUCCUCAAACGUGGCAUAGCCAAUAUUAACUAAUUGCUGCAUUCCCAGGCUGUACCUUGAACUCAGAGGCUGUGCGCCUGUGGCUACGAAGUGACAGGAAGCUGGCAAGAUAUGCAGAGAAGCAGUUUCAACAAAUCGGUGUGAUACUUGCCUUUUAAGUCUCUGCCUCGGUUAAAUCAACGAUGCAGAAUUGUAGCUAGUCUGGCAGAGGUUCAGGGAGUAAACUGCAUCGUUGAUUGUCAUAAGCAAACUGUUGACAGGAUGUAGAUCAGGCUUUGCUAAUCUGGUGCUUUCCAGAUGUUCUGGCUAAGGACAGCUAUCAGCACCAGCCAGCAAGGCCGACAUAGGCGAAUUCUUCUUAAAGAAGACUGUUACCUUCUGAAGGUAAUGGUUCUGGGAUCUCUAUAACUUGCCUCUUGGCAGGAAAAGUGACAAAGCUUUAGCUAUCUCUAUAUUUUAACUAAGCUGUAGUUGGGCAUGACCCAUAGCACCUUGAAACUGUAGCAGAAUUAACUCCCAACAGAGCCUCGAGUUAUCAAGGCCAGCAGUCCUAAACAUCAUGGUUGACAACCUGCCAUUGAAGCUGUUAGCCUCUCUCUCUGUGCCUCUUGUAUGUAGAGAACCUUGUUUCUGUUUCAGAACUAGUCAUGUGGCCACCUUAGUUAGCCAUUCCAGCUUUCGGUCUUAAAAACUGAGACUGGGCACAUCAAAUCCUUAUUCUUGAUGGGGCAACCUUGACUUGUGGGCCUGAGGAAAUGAUCACCACCACACGGAGAGGUGACGGAGGAGAAACUCAAUUCUCCUGUGUUUUGCUCAUUUUGCACCUGUUAUUGCUCCUCUUACAGGUCACUGUAGGGUUUUAGAAAACCUGAUAAACUUGUUUGAACAGCAGUGAAGGCUGGACAGGAUAUUAAUGGGUGUGAACAGUGCCUCUAAUGCCACCAUCGUUUAACUUUUUUGUCGACUGCCUUCAUUUUUAGAGAUGAUGGCAUUUGUGGUGGUCAAGGGAGAAGAGUCGCCGUGCCUAAAAACUUCCCUGCUCUUCUUCCAAAGCUACUAUUUCUCCCCUGUUUCUACUUCUCAUCGCCAGUGCCUCUUGUGAUUUAAUCGCUGGGACAAUCCAGGGUUUGCCAAGAAUUGCGGGUUAUUUUGCAAGCUCCAGUCCAUGGUAUUGGGACAAAACGACGCGGGUGGCGCUGUGGGUCAAACCACAGAGCCUAGGACUUGCCGAUCAGAAGGUCGGCGGUUCGAAUCCCCGCGACGGGGUGAGCUCCCGUUGCUCGGUCCCUGCUCCUGCCAACCUAGCAAUUCAAAAGCAUGUCAAAGUGCAAGUAGAUAAAUAGGUACCGCUCCAGUGGGAAGGUAAAUGGCGUUUCCGUGCGCUGCUCUGGUUCGCCAGAAGCGGCUUAGUCAUGCUGGCCACGUGACCCGGAAGCUCUCUGCGGACAAACGCCGGCUCCCUUGGCCAGUAAAGCGAGAUGAGCGCCGCAACCCCAGAGUCGGUCACGACCGGACCUAAUGGUCAGGGGUCCCUUUACCUUAUUAUGUGCAAAGAAUAUGGAUUUCUGAGGUGCUGGAGAUGUUUGUUCACAUUCCCUGCCACCCCUUCAUGGUACUUGAAGGGGGACAGAAGCCAAUCUAGGGAGGGAGAGAAUGUGCCGCAUUAUAUAUUGAAAGCACCAUGAUACCACUUUCAACAGUCCUGGCUACCCCCAAAGCAUCCUGGUAUCUGUAGUUUGGUACAGGUGCUGGGCAUUGUUAGAGGAGACCCUGCACAAUUCCCCGAGUUCUCUGGAAAGAAGGAUUGAUUGUUAAGCCCCUUUGAGAACCGUAUCUGUGUGAGGGAAUGGAAUCGGCCGGCCUAACAAGUCUUGGCACCCUUAACUACAUUUCCCAGGAUUCCCAGGGGGAAGUCUCAAGACUGCUGCUAACGCAGGGUGCAGAUGUGGCCUGACGCUUUAGUGCCAGGAAGACCUAUGACCUUGAAGCACAGGUGCAGGGAAAACAGCACACCGGAGCGAACAAAUCUAUGUCCGUUCUGUGGCCAAUAAGAAAUGAACUCAUCUUCUCAGGACAACCAGAGGUGCUGAGUUUGCUGGCCAGAAUAGCUGCUACGCCACAUGGAAACAAGUGUCUUAGGUCGGGUUCGGAUGAUCAGUUUUCACCUGUGGUGUGGUGGUGAAUGUUGCAGUUUCUACAGAGCGAUAUCUCUGUGGAAGAAGGCCAUCUGAAAUUGUCCUGUAUGCGUUGGGACUCUGUGGAACGUGCCCUCCUCCCUUCUUGAAGCUGUACUGAAUUUCUGACAUGCCAGAAUUUCUGACAUGGCCCCAGAUGUUUUCUACUGCAGCUCCACUGGUUGGUGAAAAGGGACUUUAGUGUUACAGUCAUACAAUGACCGUAUUAGUGCAAAAUCACUGAUCUGAAACCAUCCUUACGGCUUCAGAAUGAUGGCUGUUAAACCAGAACUAACAGUUACGGGAAAUUUAUUGUAGGUAAGAUUCCACUGUGCACAUAAUAUGCCAAUGUAUUCCUAUGACACUUUAGUAUUGUGAUGAUUUAGCACCGUUAAAUUCUAUGGUGGGACUGAGGUGUAGAGUGUCUUAACCACAAGUGACCUUGUAAAGCUUUUUCUAAAAAUGUUUCCCCCCUUUUCUAUGCACACCGAAGCUGGAUUUACACUGAGCUCUGUGCAAAGCACUAUCUCACUAUGAGCUUGUGUGAGCUAUGCAAUUAUAUCCACCUAUAUGUGCCUUAUUUCUUUUUUGAAGGUUCGGGGGGAAAAACUUGUAUUUUCUUACGGAGGACUGUUUUAAUGCCUAAUAUGAAGGUGUGCCAAUCUACAAUUCUCUUGGGACGGCAAUCCUGAACCCAUUUGCUAGAGAUUAAGAGGUCGUCUUUAACUUUGUGGGACUUAUAUCAGGGUAAACAUUUACAGGAUUGCACUGUUAAUAACUGGCGCGAAGGGAAAAAGCAAAACUGAAUUAGUAUUCCAUCGCUGUAUGAAAAGUACAGAGAAAAGAAUAUAAUAAUUGUGUGUCUGUGUGUAAGUUAAGAUAUAUAAAUAUUUUUAUACUAAGAAUUUGCAUUGGCAAUCUUAGCUGUAGCAUUGUCACUAAGUUCAGUUCAGAAAGGUAAUACUGUUUACAGGCUUCUGAAAUAUUUGAUAUCUGGAAAAUGAAGGUAUGCAUUUUAAUUAUGCUUCAGUUCUUGAAUGAAUUAUGAAAUUGUUUGGGGAAAUUUUACUGUGAGGGUUUUAAACUACUGAUUUAUGGUGUCUGUUUUUAGGGAAACAAAUAACUUCACAAUGCGUAGAUGUGAUUGAAAGCUCCUUGAAAAGGCGGAAAUAAACAGUUUUCAAUUUAAAUCUCG